GCUCACAUCAAACUAAGAAUGACAAAAAUGAGUCUCUCUUCCUAUAUAUUAGUAUUAACUUUUUCUCUGUUUUCUCACGGUAUUCUACUUUCAGCUUCCAAGUCCAUAAGAAAUUUAGAAGAUGACAUGGUGUUUAACACAUUUCGGAUGGGAAAAGCCUUUCAGAAGGAAGAUACUGCAGAAAGAUCAGUUGUUGCCCCUUCUCUGGAACAGUAUAAAAAUGAUGACAGCAGCUUCAUGAAUGAGGAGGAAAGCAAAACUUCAAAGAACACAGGCUCCAAACAUAAUUUUGUGAGUCACGGUAUGCCACUGAAUCUGGCUAUAAAGCCUUAUCUUGCAUUAAAAGGAUCUGUAGCUUUUCCAGCUGAGAAUGGAGUUCAGAAUACUGAAUCAACACAAGAAAAGAGAGAAAUUGGGGAUGAAGAAAACUCAGCUAAAUUUCCAAUAGGAAGGAGAGAUUUUGACAUGCUCAGGUGUAUGCUGGGGAGAGUCUACCGACCUUGUUGGCAAGUCUGACACCUGUUGGUUCACAUCAUCUUUUGGGAAGAAAACAAAACCAUUUCAUUGCCAGUGGAAAGAAAACCCUUAAUAUUAUUAUAACCUGUAUAUUACUUUAAAUGUCUGCUUUAAAAGAAAAUAAUGUUAAGACAUACCAAUAAUCUAAAUGAUG